UUAGGACAAUUAAAUGGCAAAGAAGGGGAAUGGCUUCUGGGGACGUAGUUGGUUUCGGCAAAGCCCAGAAUGGGUCAGUGGUUGGUCAGCAAGUGAUGUGGGCAAACAGGUGAUGCCUUCUUGGGGAGAAAGGAAGUUAAGUACCAAUAACUGCCCUUUCAAAGCUGGGGCCCAGGGGAAGGUAAUAUGGAAAAAACUACAACUCCCAGAAGUCUCUGUUUCCAGGCAAGUAGCGACAGUUGCUAUGGUUUCGGAAAACAAUAUGGCUGCUCCCAGAUGGGAUUUGAGUCUGCCGUGUAGGGAAGUAAACGUUGAUCUGAGUGGCGAGAGGAGGCACUUGAAGGGUCCUGGGGCUGGCGUUGGGCUCUGUGGGGAACGGUGAGGCCUUGCGCAGGAGCCAAUGGCAAGCGGCGUGGAUGAAGAGGCUCUGCACCAGCUGUACCUGUGGGUAGACAACAUCCCUCUGUCCCGACCCAAGAGAAACCUCUCCCGGGACUUCAGUGACGGAGUCCUGGUUGCAGAGCUGAUCAAGUUUUACUUCCCCAAGAUGGUGGAGAUGCACAAUUAUGUCCCUGCCAACUCUCUCCAGCAGAAGCUCAGCAACUGGGGUACCCUGAACAGAAAGGUGCUGAACAAGCUGAACUUCUCGGUCCCCGACGAUGUGAUGCGGAAGAUUGCGCAGUGUUCUCCCGGUGUGGUGGAGCUGGUGCUCAUCCCGUUGAGGCAACGCCUGGAGGAGCGGCAGAGGCGCCAGAAGCUGGCUGCUAGCUCCUUACAGGAGCUGGCUCCUCAGGAUGGCAGUGGCUACAUGGACAUGGGUUUGCCCCAGAAGACUCGAGGAGACGGUGCCCCAGCCCUGGGAGGAGAGCAGUCCAGAGGGGGCCGGCCGCUGGCGCCUCGACCCCCUGGGUAUAACCAGGCGCUGCAGGGCGAUCCGAGCUUCGUCCUUCAGAUCGCUGAAAAGGAGCAGGAGCUGUUGGCCUCUCAAGAGACAGUGCAGGUCCUGCAGAUGAAGGUGAAGCGUCUGGAACACCUGCUCCAACUCAAGAACGUGCGCAUCGACGACCUCUCCCGGAGGCUCCAGCAGGCCGAGCGCAAGCAGCGGAGAAAAGACCACUUUCCACAGCCCAGAAAACCUGUACGGACACACAGCAUGACCUCCCAAACGGUGUCCACUUUGAAGCUCCCGGCGCUGGGCCUGGAGAGGCGGUCCUCUGGUUCGCUCCUUCUCAGCUCGGAGGAUAGCCUCAUCUCCAUCCGUGCUAAUUCUCCAUGGCCUCGGACACGCGAGAAGCUAUCCCCGGAAGCUACGGGAUUCUCUUGCCCCUCCUGGGUGUUUACAUGGGACCCAUCUCAGGGCUGGAGACCACAGCAGCUGGAGAGGAAGGGAUAAGGGGCUGAAGGAAGAAGUCAGGAGUAAGAGAGGCACGCAGCUGUGCAGUAGUCCUCCUCUCAUAGAGCGAUAUAAGGAGUGCCUGGGGAAGACGGGCAGAGUUGUCUCUAUUAAAGGUAGUGUUGUGUGUU